AUGAGUGUCGUCGGUGUCGAUUUCGGAACCCUCAAGACGGUUAUUGCCGUCGCCAGAAAUCGUGGCGUCGAUGUGAUCUGCAACGAGGUUUCUAACCGAGCCACACCGUCUGUGGUUGGCUUUGGGCCCAAGUCGCGAUACCUCGGCGAGAGCGCCAAGACGCAAGAAAUCUCCAACCUGAAGAACACCGUCUCCUCCAUCAAGCGGCUUGCCGGCCGCGCCUUCAAUGACCCCGAUGCCCAGCUCGAGCAGCAGUACAUCACUGCUCCCCUCGUCGAUGUCAAUGGCCAGGUCGGCGUCGAGGUCAACUACCUUGGCAAGAAGGAGAAGUUCACCAACACCCAGCUGAUCGCGAUGUUCCUCAGCAAGAUCAAGCAGACGACGCAGGCUGAGAUUAAGCUCCCUGUUUCUGAUUUGGUCAUGAGCGUCCCUGCUUGGUUCACCGACAUCCAGCGCCGCGCUAUCAUCGACGCUGCCGAGAUCGCUGGCCUGAAGCUCCUCCGCCUCAUGAACGACACUACUGCUGCCGCUCUAGGUUGGGGUAUCACCAAGCUCGACCUCCCCGCCCCCGAGGAGCCGCCCCGCCGCGUCGCUUUCAUCGACAUUGGCCACAGCAACUACACUGCUUCCAUCGUCGAGUUCAAGAAGGGCGAGCUCGCUGUCAAGGGCACUGCCUUCGACCGCCACUUUGGUGGUCGUGACUUUGACAAGGCUCUCGUCGACCACCUCGGCAAGGAGUUCAGCGGCAAGUACAAGAUCGACAUCCACUCCAACGGCCGCGCCAUGGCUCGCACCAUCGCCGCUGCCGAGAAGUGCAAGAAGAUCCUGUCUGCCAACCAGCAGGCCCCCGUCAACAUCGAAUCCAUUAUGAACGACGUGGACGUUUCCGCCAUGAUCACCCGUCAGGAGUUUGAGGCUAUGGUUGAGCCCCUGCUGGCCCGCGUCCAUGUGCCUCUUGAGCAGGCUCUGGCUGAGGCCAAGCUGACCAAGGACGAUAUUGACGCCAUUGAGGUCAUCGGUGGUGGCAGCCGUGUCCCCGCCCUCAAGGAGAGGAUCCAGGCUUUCUUCGGCAAGACCCUGUCCUUCACCCUGAACCAGGACGAGGCUGUUGCUCGUGGCGCCGCUUUCAGCUGCGCCAUCCUGUCUCCCGUGUUCAGAGUCCGUGACUUCACUGUCCAAGACAUCAUGAGCUACCCUAUUGAAUUCACCUGGGAGAAGGCCCCUGAUAUCCCCGAUGAGGAUACUAGCCUGACCGUCUUCAACCGCGGCAACGUCUUGCCAUCCACCAAGAUUCUCACUUUCUACCGCAAGCAGCCCUUCGACCUCGAGGCUCGCUACGCCAAGCCCCAGGAUCUCCCUGGCAAGAUUAACCCUUGGAUCGGUCGCUUCUCUGUCAAGGGCGUCAAGGCUGACGGCAAGGAUGACUUCAUGAUCUGCAAGCUCAAAGCACGCGUCAACAUCCACGGUGUUCUCAAUGUUGAGAGCGGCUACUACGUUGAGGACCAGGAGGUUGAGGAGGAGGUCAAGGAUGAAGAGAAUGGAGAGAAGAAGGACCCCGAUGUGAGUUUUGCGGUGUCUCGUUCUGAACUUUUGUCCUCUGCCGCGGUGGGCGAUAGCAUGGAGUCGCCGCUGAAGCGUCGACGACACGGUAUCGACCCGAAGUCUUGUCAAUCCCCGCCCUGCGCAUCCGUGGAGGACGAUGAUGAAAUAUCGAAGCUAACACAUGCACUCCCAAAGGCCAUGGAGACCGAUAACAAGGAGGAAGCUCCCAAGAAGGUCCGCAAGGUUAAGAAGCAGGUCCGCAAGGGCGAUCUUCCUAUUGUCAGCGGCACCGCGUCUCUGUCCGACCCGGCGAGAACCUCGCUGUUUGAAAAGGAGUCUGCCAUGGUCAUGGAGGACAAACUUGUUGCCGACACGGAGGAGAAGAAGAACGAGCUCGAGACCUUCAUUUACGACCUCCGCAACAAGCUCGACGACCAGUACGCCGAGUUCGCCAGUGACGAGGAGAAGACUAAGAUCAAGGAGAAGCUUGAGCAGACUGAGGACUGGCUGUACGAUGAGGGUGACGACACCACCAAGGCCGUUUACAUCGCCAAGAUUGACGAGAUCCGCGCGAUGGCUGGCCCCAUCAUCCAGCGCCACUUCGACAAGGUCGAAGAGGAUCGUCGUCUCGUCCAGGAGAGGGUAGACGCUGAGAAGGCUGCUAAGCGUGCCGAGGAGGAGGCCCGCAAGGCUGCCGAGGCGGAGAAGGCUUCCAAGGAUGAGGAGAUGACUGAUGCCGAUGGCAAGAAGCCCGAGGGUGAGGAGGCUAGCGAGGCCACGAAAUAA